AUGACAGAUUUUUACGACCUGAGCAGCCAAUUGAGCUCGUCGCUGGAGCCCGUGGCGACCCCGCGGGUUCUGACCAUUGCCGGGUCCGAUUGCUCGGGCGGCGCGGGCGUGGAAGCGGAUCUGAAGACCAUCACCGCGCACAAGUGUUACGGCCUCACGUGUAUCAGUGCUCUGACGGCGCAGAACUCGCUGGGCGUGCACAACGUGACGGAAACACCGGCCGAGACCGUCGAGAAGGUGCUGGUGGCACUGGCGGACGACCAGCUGCGCCUCGACGCCAUCAAGCUGGGGCUGCUCACCGAGCAGACGUUGUCUGUGGUGGAACCUUUUUUGGCCGCACGGGCGGGGGAAGCGGCUAUUGUGCUGGACCCUGUGUUUGCUGCCAAGAAUGGCGACCGUUUGAGUUCUGUCGGGGCGCUGAAGAAGACCGUUGAACUGUUCAAGCACGCACGCGUGAUCACCCCGAACUCCCGCGAGGUGGAAAUCUUGCUGGCCGUGCUGCAAAGCUCGGACCCCAGUGUUGCGAGGGUGGAUUUGUUCGAGGCCGAAGACAUUUACAAGGCGGCGCGCGUGCUGGGAUCGAAACUGGCCGUGGACGUGCUUGUGAAGGGUGGCCAGAUCCCGGUGAACGGCCGCAUGGUGGUCGACCUGGAGUCACCACGGUACAUUUUGAACGUGCUCUACGAGCACAAGAGCAAGAAAUUGACCGUGUUCCAGUCGAACUACGUCAACUCGCCAAACCUCCACGGCACGGGUUGUACGCUGUCGUCGGCCAUUGCGUGCCACCUGGCUCGCGGAGCAGAGCUGGCCACCGCGGUGAAGAACGCCGUCGUGUACACCAACGAGGCCAUCCGCCACGCCGAGGUCAAGCACAACGGGCCGUUGAAUCACGUGUACGCUCUCGCACACCCCGCGGAGUUCAACCUGCUGCAGUACCUGAUCAGCAACUCGAAAGUCGUGCCGCACUGGAACAAGUACGUGCACCACGAGUUUGUGGAGCAAAUUCACAACAAGACUCUGCCGCUUGAGAAGUUUGACUACUUCCUCAAACAGGACUACGUCUACCUGAAAGCGUACCACAAGGUGCACGUGAACCUGAGAACGAUCACUGAGUCCGAGGAGCUGCAAGAAUAUGUCGACGGCAUUUUGGCGAAUAUCGAGACCGAGAUGCAGAAACAUGCAUUAAAGUUGGAAACCCGGUUCCCCAACAUUGACUUGGAAACCGACAUUGUUUCGAACCAGGCCACCAUCAACUACACCAGCUACCUGGUGGACCUGUUCGAGGAGACCCACGACUGGCUGCAGUGCAAGACCGCUCUCAUGCCGUGUCUGAUUGGGUACAACCACGCGGCGGCGAAUUUUGCUCAAAACGGUACUAAAUUCGUGGUUGCAGAUUCGGGCCACAACGUCCACGCAUUGGAAACGGCCCGAAAAUUGCAGGCUGGCAAGGCGCCUCUGGAGACCGGCAACUCUCUGGAGCAGCAUUAUGAAGCUUGGAUGGCAGAUUACACUUCGCCAUGGUACCUGGAAGCCUGCAAGAAGGGAGAAGAGGUGUUGAACCAGUAUUUCGACGCCGAGGUUGAAAAACGGAGCAAAGAGCCCGGUUUUGACAAAACUAAACUCCUGCAGAAACUUGCAGGGAUCUUCGGCAAGGUGUCGCAGCUAGAAGCAGAGUUCUGGGACAUCUGCUUGGCGUACACCGAAUGA